UCGAUUUCUCUCUAUUCGCUUCGCUUCCGCUUUCCUUUUUAUUCGUCUCGCUGUUUUUGUAUUGCUCUUCUUCCUGUAGACUGAAAGGAAAAAGAAAAAGAAAAAAGAGAAGGAGAAAAAAAAAAUCCCAAUGAAAAUUUCGGAGCUCCCUCCAAGAAUCUAAACCUAUAAUCUCCGUUCUCGCUCCACACUCUUCAUAGUUUUCAUUCUAUUUAAUUGUUUCGAUAUCUUAAACUGCAAAAUUUGUUGAGUUUCUUGAUCCAUAAUCCAGCACAGUCUUCCAAUCUUUGAAGCUGAAGAUGCAGUUGGCCACCGGGAAAGUUUCAUUUGGUGUGUGCAGCUAACUCCAUUGAAGGGAUGCAUAAUGGAUUUUGAGAGGUCAGGAUUUCAUAGGUGCAAAAAGGAAUUUCUGAAUUUCUGGGACUCCCCAUCUGGAUGAAUUCUGUCACACCUUCAGUUCAGUAGGUUCUAUGAUUAAUAUGGCUCUUCGGAAGUUUGUUUGUGGUGAUACACCUUCUAUUAACUUGAAACAUUCAAGUUUCCCUGUUAAAGUGCAUGAGCAAACUCAAUUUGAAGAACCAGAGAUUAACCAUGCGUCGGAGCCUGAUGUAGAAAUUGACCUUAGAGAAGUUUAUUUUCUUAUUAUGCACUUUCUUUCAUCUGGGCCAUGUCGUAGAACUUGUGGGUUGCUCUGGGAUGAACUUUUUGAACAUCAGCUUUUACCUCGACGGUACCAUGCUUGGUAUUCAAGAAAUGGAAUUCACAGUGGGCAUGACAAUGACGAUGGCUUGUCAUUUCCAUUAAGUUACCAACACUUAGUUGAGAGGUAUCCACAUGUCGAUAAGGACCACUUGAUAAAACUUUUGAAGCAGUUGAUACUUAACAAGGCCCCUCCAUCUAGAGGUAUCAAUGGUGGAAUUGCCCCAAAUGCAGCUGAUGUGCCUACAUUAUUGGGAACGGGCACAUUUUCACUUCUGAGCUAUGAUAAAUAUAAAAGAGUUGACAAACCAAGUGGUCCCCCAACACACAUGCGUUGGCCUCAUAUGAAAGCUGAUUCAGUGCGUGGAUUAAGUUUGAGAGAAAUUGGAGGUGGUUUCUCCCGACAUCAACGUGCCCCUUCUGUGCGUGCAGCAUGUUAUGCAAUUGCAAAGCCAUCAACCAUGGUGCAGAAAAUGCAAAACAUAAAGAGGCUACGGGGGCAUCGGAAUGCUGUCUAUUGUGCAAUCUUUGAUCGCAUGGGAAGAUAUGUUAUAACUGGUUCAGAUGAUCGCCUUGUGAAGAUUUGGUCAAUGGAAACUGCAUAUUGCUUGGCAAGCUGCCGAGGACAUGAGGGUGAUAUUACCGACCUGGCUGUAAGUUCUAACAAUGCUGUGGUGGCAUCUGCUUCAAAUGAUUUUGUAAUCCGUGUUUGGCGUUUGCCUGAUGGGCUGCCAAUUUCGGUCUUAAGAGGACAUACUGGUGCUGUUACUGCAAUUGCUUUUAGUCCCAGAGCUGCAUAUCAGCUUCUUUCAUCGUCAGAUGAUGGGACAUGUAGGAUAUGGGAUGCUCGGAGCUCUUCCCAGAAUGCUCCUCGAAUUUAUGUUCCGAGGCCUUUGGACUCUGUGACUGCAAGAAACGGAGUCUCUUCCGUCAGUACUCUUCCGCAGAGCCAUCAAAUAUUUUGCUGUGCAUUUAAUGCUUGUGGAACUAUUUUUGUUACUGGUAGUUCAGAUACUCUAGCAAGGGUUUGGAGUGCCUAUAAAGGAAACAAUGAUAACCCAGAACAACCGAAUCAUGAGAUUGAUGUAUUAGCUGGUCAUGAAAAUGAUGUCAAUUAUGUGCAAUUCAGUGGAUGUGCAGUAGCAUCAAGAUUUACAACCACUGACAUUGCGAAGGAAGACAACGUUCACAAGUUUAAAAACUCAUGGUUCACUUAUGACAAUAUAGUUACUUGUUCUCGUGAUGGCAGUGCAAUUAUUUGGGUUCCAAGAUCACGGAGGUCACAUGGGAAGGUUGGUCGCUGGACUCGUGCAUACCAUUUGAAAGUCCCACCUCCACCAAUGCCUCCACAACCUGCACGAGGUGGCCCUCGUCAGAGGAUUCUUCCUACCCCUCGUGGUGUAAAUAUGAUAAUUUGGAGCCUAGAUAACCGCUUUGUGUUGGCAGCUAUAAUGGAUUGUAGAAUUUGUGUUUGGAACGCUUCAGAUGGCAGCUUAGUACACUCUUUGACAGGUCAUACUGAAUCAACAUAUGUACUCGAUGUUCAUCCUUUUAAUCCAAGGAUUGCUAUGAGUGCUGGAUAUGAUGGGAAAACAAUAGUUUGGGAUAUUUGGGAAGGCACACCAAUUCGGAUAUAUGAAAUUUCUCAUUUCAAACUGGUGGAUGGGAAGUUUUCAUCAGACGGGACAUCAAUUAUACUUUCAGAUGAUGUUGGCCAGCUAUAUAUAUUAAGCACAGGGCAAGGAGAAUCCCAACAGGAUGCCAAAUAUGAUCAGUUCUUUCUUGGUGACUAUCGCCCACUUAUUCAGGAUCCUUCCGGCAAUGUAGUUGACCAGGAAACCCAACUCAGUACUUACAGACGGAAUUUGCAAGAUCUCCUUUCUGACUCAGGCAUGAUACCUUAUCCAGAACCUUAUCAGACUGCUUACCAGCAAAGACGUUUAGGUGCUAUGGGUCUUGAGUGGCGUCCCUCUUCUCUAAAACUUUCUGUUGGGCCUGACUUCAAUCUCGACCCAGACUACCAAUUGCUGCCUUUGGCUGACUUAGACAUGUUGAUUGAACCACUGCCUGAGAUUGUAGAUGCAAUGGAUUGGGGACCGGAAAAUGAAGUACAAAGUGACGAUACUGAUUCAGAAUACAAUGUCACUGAAGAUUAUUCUACUGGUGGGGAGCAAAGAAGUCCUAACUCUAAUUGCUCAACUGAUCCGGAAUGCAGCUCUGAUGACACAGGGAUUGAUGAUGCUCCUGCUGAUGGUCUACGUAGAUCAAAAAGGAAAAAGCUGAAAGCAGACAUUGAGGUCAUGACUUCUUCAGGCAGGCGUGUUAAAAGACGGAAUAUGGAUGAGUUUGAAGGUGAUAUUGUUAGGAGUUCCAGAAGUCGGAAGACAAAAUCUGGCCAUAAGCCUUCCAAAAAGAAAUCAACACUGAAGUUGUUAAGACCUCAAAGAGCUGCUGCACGGAAUGCGCGUAAUUGGAUAUCAUCAUUUAAGGGGAAAUCUACGGAUGGAGAGGAUGAAUAUGAAUCAGGAGGUGAUUGCUCAGAAAGUGAAUCUACAUUACAAGAGUCAGACAUUGAGAGUGAUGAUUAUGAAAGGUCGUUGCAAAUCAGAAAUAAGCAUUCAAAAGGGAAAGAAGUAUUCCUAGAUCAAACUGAGGAUAUUGUAAAAUCUCUUGAUGUUGCUGAAUCUCGUGUCGAUGCUGGAAACAGAAAGAAGUUGAUCCUUAAAUUCUCCCUUAAGAAUCCAAAUAAAGUGGAUCCUCCUUCAACCACAACACUUACUUGUUCCAACAUGGCUGAUGUGGCUAGCUCAUCAUCAAGAUCACCAAAGGAAGUCAUUGAAGCCAGUCAGAAUCUUAUGAGAUCAGAGAGGCAAUUAGGAAAUACUGAAGGACGUUCUGAACUGAUGGAGGUCUACACAAAUGGGAACAUAAGAUGGGGAGGGUCCAGGGUUCGUUCAUCCAAGCGUAUAAGGUUGGUUGAAACUAUGCCUUCUGAUGCAUAUGAAGGGCCUAGUUCGUUUCCCAGCGAUGAUCAUAAUGAAAAUGAGAAUACUGUCCAUGAAUAUUUAGAAUCAGAAAAUCAAUUUGGUGUACCGUCCCCACUUUCAAAUAUACAGAAUUGUGCAGGUCAAAUGGACACAGUAUCCCUUCUGGAUUUGAAAGACGGUUGGGACGAUAAUUCUUCUGGGCAUUUUCGGGAGAUGGUCAAUGGUGGAGAGCCUAACUGUUUUAGCAAUAGCAAGUCAUGUGAUCAUGAUGAGUCAAAUCAUUUAGAUUGUAUGUUUCCUUCUAAUGAAACCACCACAUCAAUACAAAACGGGACUUCCGCUCCUGAGCAAACUGAAAAUAUUGCACCAAUGUGUACAAAGAUAAGGUUCAAGAGUAUUUCUUUGGAUCCUGAACGUUCUUUGAAGCACAAAAUUGAAUCUUUAGAUGAAAGAUCGAAGAAUGAUGAAUACAAUACACUAUCUGGAAGCCCACAAAAUCUAAUUGGGCUGCAGGAUAAUGUCAUGAAUGGAACUUAUUCUGAUCAUGGAAAUGAUUGCCCUCAAGAUGUGGACAUUUUGAUCGAUAAAAAACCAUUGUCAACCUUAUGCAACUCAUCAGAGCUGCCAGUAGAGACAAACAAAAUGUACACUGCGGUCUAUACAAGAUCUAAGUCAAACAAAGGAAAGAGCAAUGUAGAAAGCAAUGGUUGUGGCUCAGGGGAAAAUGCUUCAUUUUUGGGCAACAUAAGUCUACAUGCUGAAGCAGACAGUCACAAAAGUAUUCUUCGUAAGACACGAUCUUUAAGGUUGAAGGAUUCCUCAUAUGAUAUAAAUAAUGUGGGCGAUGAUCUAAAAUCGGAAGAAGAGCAAGAACCUGAACAGAAGUCAAGACGUUCCGGUAAUUCUUCUGCAAACAGAUCCCAUAUGCCAUGUGAAGAGUGGGGAUCAAGCUCAAGGAUGACAGUUGGAUCGAGAUCCACUAGAAACAGAAGGGGUAGUUAUACCCAAGAUAUAAAUCCAAUAGACAGAAGAAAGUCAGUUCAAUAUACCAGAAAAGGGUCGUGGUUAAUGAUGCCUGCACAUGAGGGUGGCUCCAGAUAUAUUCCCCAACUUGGGGAUGAAGUUGCGUAUCUGAGGCAGGGCCAUCAAGAAUACAUAGAUCACUGUUGUGCGAAUUACUGUCACACAAAAGAAAUGGGACCUUGGACCUCAAUCCGAGGAACCAUUCGAGCUGUUGAGUUUUGUAAGGUUGUGGAGCUUGAUUAUUCCACUUCUGCAGGUUCUGGAGAUAGUUGCUGUAAAAUGCUGCUUAAGUUCAUAGAUCCUGCUUCCCAUGUAUACCUCCAAUCUUUCAAGUUAACUCUGCCUGAGUUGACUAGUUUCCCUGACUUCUUAGUUGAAAGAACUCGGUUUGAAGCAGCAAUGCAGAGGAAUUGGACAUUCAGGGAUAAGUGCAAAGUGUGGUGGAAAAACGACGUUGGAGUAGAUGGUAGUUGGUGGGAUGGUCGGAUUGUGUCCGUGCAGGCAAAGUCUUCAGAGUUUCCAGAAAGUCCUUGGGAGAGGUACACGAUUAAGUAUAGGAGCGAUCCUGCAGAACCACAUUUACACAGUCCUUGGGAACUUUAUGAUACUGUUACUCAGUGGGAACAGCCUCGAAUAGAUGAUGAGAACAAAGCUAAGUUAUUAACUGCCUUUGACAAAUUAAUGUCGACCUCUAUGCAGGGUCGUUAUGGGAUUCAAGAUUUGAUGCUUCUCUCAAGGAAGACACAGUAUAAGAACAGGUUUCCUGUACCCUUGUGCCUUGAAAUUAUCCAGGAAAGGUUACAGAACGAUUACUAUCGAAGCUUGGAAGCUUGGAAGCACGACUUCAUGGUAAUGCUAUCGAAUUUCGAAUCAUUCGUGGCAAAGAACGAAGAUAUGUCGAAGAAAAUCAGACGCUUGUGGGACUGGUUUAAUCGCAAUGUGACGCCUUUAUAGCUUCUUGUAAAAUACCUCUUAGCAUUUUAAGAAUUUUGGUAGAAUUAUUGGCCAAUGUUAGGUUGAAGAUGCCCAUUGGGUAUUUCUCCAUCUCCAGCAUGUAGAUAAUUCUUUUUUUUUUUCUCUUUUCCCAAUUUGAUCAAAAGAAUACGUUUCAUUUAUAUCCUUUAGAUAUGGAAGAUUUGAGGGUCUACUAGGAAAUUAGCGAGGGAAGGAAGGAAAGGGAUUCAUUUGUGUAUACGACAUCCACGGCAAUAACAAAUCAAUCAAAAUAUUCAGCAUUCCCGAUA